CAGCUGUGCCACUUCGAUAUCGUUCACCAUCAGACAACGGGAGUCACCGGCGGCGAUCGCACACAGUUUUCCAACCGACUGAAACGUUACAUCGUUUGGACAAACGCUGCCCAUAGUAGCGUUGUGUGAGGGAAGCGACAUGGGGGACCGAGUAGCUUUACUGCUGCUGGUUGUAGCGGCUUCGGCUAUGGCCUUGGAGGUUCCUACAGAUGUUUCUAUGGGUCUACUGGCUGAGCCCCAGGUAGCCAUGUUUUGCGGAAAACUGAACAUGCACAUCAAUGUGCAGAGCGGCAAGUGGGAGCCAGACCCCUCGGGCACAAAGAGCUGCAUCGGUACCAAAGAAGGCAUCCUGCAGUACUGCCAGGAGGUGUAUCCAGAGCUCCAGAUUACCAAUGUGGUGGAGGCGAACCAGCCAAUCAGCAUCCAAAACUGGUGCAAGAAGGGACGCAAACAGUGUCGCAGUCACAUGCAUAUUGUUGUUCCCUACCGCUGCCUAGUGGGAGAAUUUGUGAGCGAUGCUCUGCUUGUUCCUGACAAGUGCAAGUUCCUGCACCAGGAGCGCAUGGACCAGUGUGAGAGCCACCUGCACUGGCACACCGUAGCCAAGGAGUCCUGCGGAGACCGUACCAUGAAUCUCCACGACUAUGGGAUGCUGUUGCCGUGUGGCAUUGACCGCUUCAGAGGAGUGGAGUUUGUGUGCUGCCCCACCGAAGCAGAGCGGGAUGCUGACAGUGCAGAGCAGGACGCUGAUGAUUCUGAUGUGUGGUGGGGUGGAGCGGAGACCGACUACUCUGACAACAGUAUGGUGCGUGAACCAGAGCCAACAGAGCAGCAAGAGGAAACCAAACCAUCUGUGGUAGAGGAGGACGAGGACCUGGAGGUGCUUGAGGAAGAUGCAGAGGAAGAGGAGGAUGAAGAGGAUGUACUGGACAAUGACCAAGAUGGAGAUGGAGAAGAGGAUGAGGAGACAGUGGGGGAAGAAGAAGAAGAGGAAGAAGAGGAGGAUGAUGAUGGAGAUGACAUCAUUGACACACUUGAUGACAAUGAUGAUGCUGAUGAGCCCACCACUAAUGUUGCCAUGACUACAACCACCACCACCACCACCACGGAGUCUGUGGAAGAAGUUGUCAGGGAUGUGUGCUGGGCCAGUGCAGAGACCGGCCCAUGCAGGGCCAUGCUGCCCCGCUGGUACUUUGACCGACAGGAAGGCCACUGUGUUCAAUUUAUCUACGGCGGAUGUGGAGGAAACAGGAAUAACUUUGAGUCAGAGGACUACUGCUUGUCUGUCUGCAGCAGCGUCAUACCUACUGCCACACCCAGCUCACCUGACGCAGUGGACCAUUAUCUGGAGACCCCUGCUGACGAAAACGAACACGCUCACUUCCAGAAAGCCAAGGAGAGCCUGGAGGCCAAACACCGGGAGAGAAUGUCCCAGGUGAUGAGGGAGUGGGAGGAAGCUGAGAGGGAAGCCAAGAAUCUUCCACGUGCCGAUAAGAAGGCCGUUAUUCAACGUUUCCAGGAGAAGGUGGAAUCACUGGAGCAGGAAGCAGCCAGCGAGCGCCAGCAGCUGGUGGAGACCCACAUGGCCCGGGUGGAGGCUCUGCUGAACGAUCGCCGCCGCUUGGCGUUGGAGAGCUACCUGACUGCGCUUCAGCAGGACCCACCCAGGCCACGUCAUGUCUUCACCUUGCUGAAGAAAUAUGUCCGUGCUGAGCAGAAAGACAGGCAGCACACCCUCAAACACUUUGAGCACGUCCGCAUGGUGGAUCCCAAGAAGGCAGCCCAGAUUAGACCCCAGGUGCUAACCCAUCUGCGUGUUAUUGAGGAGCGCAUGAACCAGUCUCUGGGACUUCUCUACAAAGUGCCCGGCGUAGCUGACGACAUCCAGGAUCAAGUUGAGCUUCUGCAGAGGGAGCAGGCGGAGAUGGCCCAGCAGCUGGCCAACCUGCAGACAGACGUGAGGGUGAGCUACGGAAAUGACGCCCUGAUGCCUGACCAGGAGCUAGGAGACGGCCAGACUGACCUGUUGGCCCAGGAGGACACGCUAGGCCUGGGGGGAGUCGGCUUCGUCCACCCUGAGAGCUUCAACCAGCCCAACACCGAGAACCAGGUUGAGCUUGUGGACUCUCGCCCCAGCCUUGACAGAGGCAUUCCCACACGGCCAGUUACUGGAAUGAAGAUGGAAGCUAUUCCUAAGCUGCGUAUGGAGACGGAGGACAGACAGAGUACUGAAUAUGAGGUUCACCACCAGAAACUGGUCUUCUUCGCUGAGGAUGUGGGCUCCAACAAGGGCGCCAUCAUUGGCCUGAUGGUCGGAGGUGUCGUCAUAGCAACGGUGAUCGUCAUCACCCUGGUGAUGCUGAGGAAGAAGCAGUACACCUCCAUCCACCACGGAGUUAUCGAGGUGGAUGCUGCCGUCACCCCCGAGGAGCGCCACCUGUCCAAGAUGCAGCAGAACGGUUACGAGAAUCCAACCUACAAGUUCUUUGAGCAGAUGCAGAACUGAGGAGAACGUCACCAGUUCACACACUCGCCAUCAUCUCCUCCCCUACAUCAACACACCUCCCCCUCCCCCAUCCUCCCCUAGAACAGUCCCGUGUCUCCAACAGGCAGUGAGGCUUAGAUCACCAAGUAACUGAAAUAGUCAGUUACCAGCAUAAGGAGUGACUGUAGUCAGGGUUUCUUUCAUUUUUAAUUUCUUUCUUUUGCCAGGGCGGACUCUGCCGAGCCAGUUUGCACCACAUUUGUUCACUUUAUUGGAGCAAAGACGCCUUUUUUAAUUAUAGAAAGGAGUUUUUAGGAGUCGCUCCGUCUGGGCCUGCUGAUGUAUGAAAAAGGCCCCACCCAAGGCCUAGAAACAGACUCGCUCUCUCUGAGGGGGAAAGUGCGUUCUCUCCACACUGAUUCAGGGUCAGUGUAAGGUUGAUUUUUCUCUUUGUUUUGGGAUAGCUGUAGGUGUGGAGUUUUAUAGGCAAAACUGACCUCUGAUCAGUAGGGUUGUAAGCACACCUCCACCUGGGCCUCAUUUAUAGAAACCGGUUUAUUGUCCAACAUGUCAACAUAAUUAUUUUCUUCUUUGUAAUGAUUAAAUAAUGAAGUAUAAAAUUUUAAGUCAAGCAACAAGAUUUAUUUUAAAUGAGGCCCAGUGUUUCCCCAUUCUACUGCACCACUACUGCACUCUCCCUACAGUCUACACUGGAGUAUAAUCAAGCCUCCUCCUCCCUUUACCCUCCUCCUCCUCCAUCCAUCCCUCUUUUUUUCUUUUUGCAUUCUUACAACAGCUGGGCUGUGUUAUGUCACACAAGGCUCUUAAGGAUAUCAGGAGACACUGACGAUAAUGAUGAAGUUGACAUCAGUAGUAAUCAUAUUCUAAAUGAGCUGUUUUUAUUUUAGAGGUGUUUUCUCUAUCAUUUCCUGUUUUGUUUUUCAAAAAAGAAUGAAAACGGAGAAAAAAAAAGUUGACCGAUGUAAAGUCCUUUUUUUAAAUUGCGUGUAAUGUUACUGAAGUAAUGCUGAAGUCUUAGCUGUUCUUAUGUAGUGCAUGACAACAAUGACAACAGGAUUUGGAAAAACAAACAUUAAAAGAAAAAAUCAACCCAAGAUCUUAACGCUGCUCUCUCUCGAGAUCCUUUUCUCACAUAUAGAUUGUCAUUCUAGCAAGAUUGUACAUUUAGUAUCUUCUCGUGAUCAUGUGACUUCAAACGAUGAUAAAAAUAUAUAUAAAUCUAAAUGAACGGGCUCUGCUUUGAUAUGUAAAGAUUCACAUUUCAGAGAGAUCUGUGAUUUUUUUUUUUUUUUUUUUUUUUUUUAGUUCCUCAAUUUUAUUUUAUUUUAAUUAUUUUUCUUUUUUUUUUUAACCCUGCAACUUUCCUGAAGCUGCAGGAGGGGGCCUGGCUUCACUUUUGUACAUUCUUCUUCACUGAAAGAUGUUGUGUUAAAAUUCCUUAUGUGUAGAGGCGUUCAGAAAUCACACCUGUUCAUUUUUUUACUUCCUCAGUUCAUGUUACUCUGUGAUUAAAAAGGCAUGUUGUGACGGCAAAGAUGAAGAGAAAUAUGAGGAAUCUGGCUCGAGGAGCAAGUUUGGAUUAAUUCUGCGUGUACAUGUUGUCAUUUUCAGUCUGGUGUUUUUGUCCAGUUGUAAGCCGACGCCGUCUUUCUUUUUGGGGGUUUUGCACUCAUUUUGCUUUCUGCCGACUGAACAGGUGGAGCGCUAUGAGAGGUGGAGGGGGAAGGAGGGCAAGGUACAGAGGAAAUGACUUGCAGUUCCAGAUGGAUAGCCAGCCAGGCAGUGUGUAUGUAUAUAUAUAUAUGAUGGAUUUUCACUUCCCCCUCUGCACUUCCCUUCCCUCCCUCCUUCGCCUUCCUUUUCCUUCAGGCAUGAUGCUCACCUCUGCCAUCAGCACACCCUCGUCUCCUCGGAAGAGCGCAGCAGUCGACAUAUAGAUAAACAGGCGUUUGCUGUCAAGACUGCACUGACAGCAGGAGGAGAGGGGGUGUCAAAGCAGAAAUAGAGGGGAAAAAAAUCAAGAUGGCAGCAUUAUGGCAGGGAUCUCCAUUCAUCUCAUACAGUCAGCUCAUGUUAAAGGUUUGUCACCUCCACACGGCAUUGAAAGAAACAGAAUGAGGUCUCACCAUGUUAAUACAUUUAAUUGUGAUAAAAUCUGUGAGAAAGUAGACUCAAAUGUGCCUAUGGGGGCUGCAGUGGGGUGAGUUUUUGGUUUUGAGAGGGUGCUUGUUAGAAGCCCAACAGAGGGUAGUAGAGUCGAAGAGGAAACAUGAUUUUCUUUUCCUUUUCUUUGUGGGUUAUAUAUUAUUUUUAUUUUCCACUGUGUAAUAUUGUGCAGGCCAUUUGCAUUGACGCUUUCUACACUGUAUUCCAUAAUAAAGUUUUGAAUGUA